CAAGACUACCAGGAGGGAAGAAACAGACUUUCUGUAUUUCAGUAGUUGCACAUGCAAAAUGAGGAUCCCACCAAGAUGGUGGACAGGUGUCUGGUCGCCAUGCAUCUCCAUGACGACCAGUUAAGUGAUAUCUCAGCACGAUUCCAGGCUGAAAUGAAGAAAGGGCUUUCGGUGGAAAGCAAUGCUGCAGCAGCGGUGAAGAUGCUGCCAACACACGUCCGCUCCACUCCUGAUGGAUCGGAGAAAGGGCAGUUUAUGGUGUUGGAUCUUGGAGGAUCCAGGUUUAAGGUGCUGCAAGUUAAAGUGAGAGAGGGCAUGGGCAUUAAGAGGGGAGGAGUGGAGAUGGUGGAGAAGACCUAUCCCAUACCCAAGGAGCUACACAUCGGGAGUGGAACAGAGCUAUUUGACCAUGUGUCAGAGUCUCUGAAGGACUUCCUGCAUGAGAAGAACAUCAGUUUGGAGAAGAAACAUCCUUUAGCCUUCACCUUCUCAUUCCCCUGUGAACAAUCCACCUUAAAUCAGGGGUUAUUGUUAAACUGGAGUAAAAACUUUCGGGCUCGAGGCCUUCAGGGUAAAGAUGUGGUCCAGGCCCUCAGAGGGGCUAUCGACAGAACUGGGGGUAUGGAUGUAGAGGUAUUAGCCAUGGUUAAUGACACUGUAGCAACUAUGAUGACCUGCGGUGUUGAUGACCAGUACUGUGAAGUCGGACUCAUCGUUGGUACUGGCACCAAUGCGUGCUACAUGGAGGAGCUGCGUCACGUCGACCUGGUGGAGGGAGACGAGGGCAGGAUGUGUGUGAACACUGAGUGGGGAGCCUUCGGAGACGACGGGGCGCUGAAAGAUUUCAUCACUGAGUUUGACAGGGAUGUGGACGCGGCCUCCAACAACCCUGGAAAACAAAUUCUAGAAAAGAUGGUCAGUGGGAUGUAUCUGGGUGAGUUAGUGAGGCUGGUUGUAUUAAAGAUGGCUAAACUCAGACUGCUGUUUAAUGGACAUGUGUCUGAUGCCCUGAGGACUAAAGGGACAAUAACCACUGAACAUGUAGCGGCCAUGGAGGAGUACAAAAAUGAUCUGACGAACACCAGAAACAUUCUCAUGGAUCUUGAUUUGACGCCAACAUCUGAUGACUGUGUUGCUGUUCAACAUGUCAGCACCAUAGUGUCCUUCAGGUCCUCAAAUCUGGUGGCUGCAGCACUGGCUGCCAUCUUGACUCGAAUUAAGCAAAACAGGAAUUUGAGGACAUUGAGGAUCACUGUCGGUGUGGAUGGAACUGUGUACAAGAUGCAUCCACAGUAUCCUAAACGCCUCCAUGAAGUAGUGCGGCGCCUACUCCCCGAGUGCCAUGUCAGGUUUGUCCUCUCAGACAGCGGCAGCAGCAAAGGAGCUGCUUUGGUUUCAGCAGUCGCCCAACGACUGGCAUCCCGAAGGCUACAGGUGGAUGAGAUGCUGUCACCCUUCAGACUGAGCCAAGAGCAGCUCCAGUUGGUGAAGACCAGGAUGAGGAUGGGGCUUGAAGCAGGGCUGAAGAGCAAAGGCCCCUCUGCUAUUAAGAUGCUGCCUUCUUUUGUUUACCGUACACCUGAUGGCACCGAGCAUGGAAAGUACCUUUCCUUGGAUCUGGGAGCAACAAACUUCAGAGCGUUGCUGGUGAAUUUUAAACGAGGUCUGCAACAGACCUCACAACUUUACCACAAGAUCUACCCCAUACCACUGGAGAUAAUGCAGGGAAGUGGAGAGGAGUUGUUUGAUCUUAUAGCGCAGUGUCUAAGUGACUUCCUGGACUACAUGGGGAUGAAGAAUGCUCGUCUUCCUGCAUGCUUCAUCUUCUCUUUCCCCUGCGAGCAGACAGCUAUUGACACGGGCACAUUGGUGAGCUGGACCAAAGGCUUCAAAGCCACAGACUGUGAAGGACAUGAUGUUGUCAGCAUGCUAAGGGAAGCCAUCAAGAGACGCAACGAGUUUGACUUGGACAUCGCAGCAGUUGUCAAUGACACAGUGGCGACCAUGAUGAGCUGUGCCUAUGAAGACCCUCUGUGUGAAAUUGGACUGAUUGCUGGAACUGGCACUAAUGUGUGUUACAUGGAGGAGCUCAAGAACAUUGAGAAGAACAAAGAAAAGACAGGAAAAAUGGAAAGAGUGGAGUGGGCGCCUCAAGAGGAGGAUAAGGAUGAUGGGAGAGAAAGAGAGAGAAAGGAGAUACCAAAGAUGUGUAUAAACACAGAAUGGGGGGGAUUGGGGGACGAUGGCUCUCUUGAUGACAUCAUCACAUCGUACGACAUUGAGGUUGACAAAAACUCACUGCACCCUGAAAAACAAAGGUUUGAAAAGCUGACGAGUGGGAUGUAUUUAGGAGAAGUUGUUCGUCAGGUAUUAUUGGAUUUAACCAAAGGAGGUUUGCUCUUUAGAGGCCACGUCACUGAAGCUUUAAAAACACCUGGAAUAUUCCAAACCAAAUACCUGUCACAAAUAGAGAGUGACCGCCUGGCUCUACUGCAGGUCAGAUCUAUUCUCCAACAGCUGGGGCUUGACUGCACCUGUGAUGACAGCAUUAUUGUCAAAGAGGUAUGUGGGGCAGUGUCACGUCGUGCCGCUCAGCUGUGUGGGGCAGGAAUGGCGGCUGUGGUCGAUAAGAUCAGAGAGAACCGAGGACUGGACCAUCUGAACAUCACUGUAGGGGUGGACGGGAAACUCUACAAACUACAUCCACAUUUCUCCGGCAUCCUCCAAGAGACUGCCAAAGUUUUGGCUCCUCAGUGUGACAUGACCUUCCUGCCAUCAGAAGGCAGCGGGAAGGGUGCUGCCCUUAUUACAGCUGUGGCCAGACAGGAGCUGGAGAUGUAACUGAAAAGAAAGUUUCUCCAACAACUUCUUUUGACUCAACAGCAAGGAGCAUCACCUGGCGGGCAUAACACAUGCAGGUUUUUACUGCAUGAGCCAUCACAGACUUCCCACCCACGAAAACAGACAUUUGUGCUGAAAGAUUGAGAAGAAAAAUGGAAGCACUGCUACCAGCGAUUCAAAUCUGGUUCUUAAUUUUUAAAGAAUUAAAUUACAAUGAACAGUUUUUUAGA